UUAGGCAGCGCACGAACGGUUUCCAUUUGUCCGCGCCCCUCCUUGUUUCUCGGCCUGUAACGUUUUCCAGUUCUCUCCUUCCCCUGAGCUCUUUCUCUACCUGACGGCAUGUAGAGAAUCCAGAUGAGAGAUCGAAUUCUGGUAGUAUAACAAAGCUGCCAGAGGUCAACGAGCAGGAUUAGAAGCUAGAUUGGAUAAAUAGGGAUGAAGAUCUCAUGAGAGGCGAGUCUUCCAUUCUCCUGUCUUGAUCUGCUCCGUUUUGCUAGUCUGAGGAUCUAUUAGGGCUCAUUGGAUCGAUCGGAUUGAUUAUGAUGGCGAACAAGCAUGGGGAGUUCAGCCAGAAGGUCGAUUACGUCUUCAAGGUAGUGCUGAUUGGGGACUCCGCUGUGGGCAAGUCGCAGCUGCUGGCAAGGUUCUCGAGGAACGAGUUCAGCCUAGACUCCAAGGCCACCAUCGGAGUGGAGUUCCAGACGCGGACGCUCACCAUCGAUAACAAGACCAUCAAGGCACAGAUUUGGGACACCGCCGGUCAAGAGAGAUACCGAGCGGUGACUAGUGCUUAUUAUAGAGGAGCUGUUGGAGCCAUGCUUGUUUAUGACAUGACCAAACGCCAGUCUUUUGAUCAUGUGGCAAGGUGGCUAGAGGAACUACGCGGCCAUGCUGACAAGAACAUUGUUGUUAUGCUUGUGGGAAACAAAUCUGAUCUGGGCACUCUUCGAGCUGUCCCCGCCGAGGAUGCCAAGGAAUUUGCGCAGCGUGAGAGCCUCUUCUUCAUGGAAACUUCUGCUCUCGAAUCUACUAACGUAGAAACUGCCUUCCACACUGUUCUAACCGAGAUUUACCGUAUAAUCAGUAAAAAGGCUCUUGUUGCCAAUGAAGCAGAGUCCAGUGGAAACUCAACUCUUCUUAAGGGAACUAAGAUAGCUAUCACUCCCGAGCAACCAGGUGGAAACAAGACUGCUUGCUGCAUGUCCUAUUAGUCAGUUUUCUUCCCUUUUUUAUGCCAUUUUUCAUUGUUAUACCUUCUCAAAAUUUUAUUCUAUAACUUAGAGAAGGUAUGGAGGACACUAAAGAUCAUUUGGUACUGGACUUGUGCUUGUUUAAUGGCUGACAUUGUGGUUCAUUUCCUCUAUGCUCCACACUAUAGGAAAUAAUAAUCAAAUCGAGAAUGUCAAUCUUCUUUCAUUUGCA